AUGCCUUCUUCGCAAGCUUCACGAUCAGUCAUAGCUGCUCGCAGGCUACAUGCCACUGCUCAACAGCUAAUGCCUGCGGCGACGACGUCUGCUGCCUCGACUGCCACUGAGUAUCCCACAACCCACGAGCGGAUCUCGUCGCCGGUGGACACUUGCAACUUCAUCGAUAAUAAAUUCGUCUCGUCCAGCGCCACGCAAUGGAUUGACCUGCAUGACCCAGCGACGAACAAUCUCGUCACUCGUGUGCCCCAGAGCACCAACGAGGAGAUGAAAGCUGCGGUCGAAAGUGCCCAGAAGGCCUUCCCAGCAUGGAAAGCCACAAGCAUCAUGGCAAGACAGCAGAUCAUGUUCAAAUAUGUCAACCUGAUCCGUGCCAAUUGGGAUCGUCUUGCUGCCAGCAUUACGCUGGAGCAGGGAAAGACCUUUGCUGAUGCUAAGGGCGAUGUUCUCCGUGGUUUGCAAGUGGCGGAGACUGCCUGCGGUAUCACAACCCAGAUGACCGGCGAACUGCUCGAGGUUGCAAAGGAUAUGGAAACAAGAACCUAUCGUGAGCCAUUGGGCGUUGUGGCUGCUAUCUGCCCUUUCAACUUCCCAGCUAUGAUUCCUCUCUGGUGUAUCCCUAUCGCGACAAUGACCGGAAAUACGCUCAUCCUGAAACCAUCUGAGCGGGAUCCUGGAGCUGCCAUGAUCCUUGUUGAACUCGCCAAGGAAGCUGGUUUCCCAGACGGUGUUAUCAACGUCAUUCACGGCGCCGCCAAAACCGUUGAUUUCAUCCUCGAUGAACCUGCUAUCAAGGCCAUUAGCUUCGUCGGUAGCAAUCGUGCUGGAGAAUAUAUUUUCACUCGUGGAUCGGCUAAUGGAAAGCGUGUCCAGGCUAACCUGGGCGCUAAGAACCAUGCUGCUGUCCUUCCUGAUUGCAACAAGAACCAUGCUCUCAAUGCCAUUGUUGGUGCGGCAUUCGGUGCUGCUGGUCAACGAUGCAUGGCGUUGUCUACCCUUGUUAUGGUUGGCGAAUCUAAGGAAUGGCUCCCCGAGAUCGCGGAGCGCGCAAAGGCUCUUAAUGUUAAUGGUGGCUUCGAAGAGGGCGCGGAUUUGGGCCCCGUUAUCACUCCAGAUAGCAAGAAGCGCAUCGAGGAACUUAUUGCCAGUGCCGAAAAGGAGGGUGCCACCAUCCUUCUUGAUGGCCGUGGCUACACGCCUUCCAAGUAUCCUAAUGGUAACUGGGUUGGUCCAACCAUCAUCACUGGCGUCAAGCCACACAUGAAAUGCUACCGUGAGGAGAUCUUUGGCCCCGUUCUUGUCUGCCUUGAGGUCGAAACCGUCGACGAAGCCAUCUCUCUCAUCAACGCUAACGAGUACGGAAACGGCGCCGCUGUUUUCACCCGCUCUGGGCCAACUGCCUCUCGCUUCCAACACGAACUGGAGGCCGGCCAGCUUGGAAUCAAUGUACCAAUCCCAGUCCCCCUCCCAAUGUUCUCAUUCACCGGUAACAAGAAGAGUAUCGCCGGCGGCGGUGCAAGCACGUUCUACGGUAAACCCGGAUUGAACUUCUAUACUCAGUUGAAGACCGUCACAAGCUUGUGGAGGAGUGAAGACGCUAUCAACACAAAAGCCAGCGUAGUAAUGCCCACACAUCAAUAG